AUGGCAACAUCUGCAUGGAGAAAAAAAGAUCAGAAAGUUGGCUAUCUCACCAACCCUGGUUCCUCUCCGACUCCGACCAGUGUGCCAUUGGGCAAAAAAAAGUAUGCCUUAAUCAGUGCCAAAUUUAAAGGUCCAGGACCUGGGAAAUAUAACCGACACCCUUGCACUGGUAUCAAGAACCACGACUUCACCAAGUUUACCGAGCCAGCUUAUACCAUCCGUGUGAAAUCCAGCCCAAAAACAAUCAUGGUGCUGGAGAGCCCUGGACCUUGUUACUACGUGGAUCCCAGCCUUUCCCGUUUAGGAAUAUGGAGGCCAGUAUCAUUCUUCAUGCAACAGCGAGGAAAGAGUACAGGUAUAGAUUCAACUCCUGCUCCAAAUGAGUAUUAUGUGGAGAAGGUGCAUCCUGUUGAUGAAGCAAAUGCACCAGCGUACAGCAUAGGUGCGCGAACACCAUAUUGGCUGAAUAGCCCAACUCCGGGUCCCAACAGCUAUACCCUCCCUGGGACAGUGGGUUCCCAGUUAUGCAAUAAAACAGGGGCUCCCUGCUUAUCGAGGACUUUUGGCACACCCGGACGUGAUUAUAUGCCAAGAAGAGGGCCUGGCCCAGCUGCCUAUACGAUUCCAGAGCCAGGUGUUUACUUGAGACAGCAGCCUUCCUAUACAUUAUCUCAAAGGUUCAAUCCUUCCACCAAGGAGUGUACACCAGGGCCGCUGGACUACAAUGCAGAACAGGUCACCAUCCACAAACCCAGAGCCCCACGCUUCAGCCUGGGCGUUCGCCACUCUGAAUAUGCCCACGGCACGCCUACAGUUUACCUCAUCAAAGAAGUCACACAUUCCACAGAAAAAUGCACAGAGAACUAUGCAUUACCAGGUGGUGGAAAAGAUGAUGAUGAAGAUGAUGAUGAAGAAGAUAAAGAUGAUGAUAAAGAAGACGAUGAUGAUCUAUGA